AUGUCCGACCCGCCCUCGCUGCCGACGCCCUCUUCCCUCGACCUGACGAUCGGCGCCGAGCUCGUCGGACUCGGCGUCUCUCUCGCGCUCUAUGGCGCGACGACUGGCCAGCUGCUCUGGUACUUUCGGAAGCUCGACGGGUUGAGCCUGAGGAAGUGGAUGGUCUACUACGUCGUGGCGUUAUGGUUGUUGGGAACCGCGCAUGUUGUGCUCUGCUGUUACCUGCUGGCCAGAUACGUCGUCAUCGGAAGGGGUGACCUUGUCGCCAUCUUUGGCUCCACGAAUAUUUACUCGGCAAGUGCGAUGACGUCGGACAUCAGCAGCGCCAUGGUCCGGUUUGGAUACUUCUACAGGAUCUGGAAAUUCAACCGUAGGCGAUAUCUCAUCUUGAUCAUUCUGGGUGCUGUCUUGACACUGCUAGUGACUGCAAUGGCCCUUUUCUUCAGCAUCGGCGCAGCCCGCUUGGAUUUUUCCUGGCAAAUUGCUGAAGCGCAUCUGACCUGGACGUUCUUCCUCGCGUCCGGCGCGGAGAUCGUGAUCGACUUGAUGAUCUCCUUCGCCGUCUUUGCGUCCUUGCUGCGGUUCUACACCGGGAUCAAACGAUUGGACCUGUUGAUCCGGACCAUCGUGGUCUUUGCACUCAGCACGGGCUCGCUCAACGUCAUCCUCUCCACCUGCGACAUCAUCCUCUUCAGCGUGCUUCCGGCGAGCUACGCGUUCGUCGCCGUGUACUGGGUCUUCAGCCAGCUCGAGAUCUGCUCGUUCUUCGCCGUGAUCAACGCCGAGAAGGAGCUCGUGCACCGGUCGCUGAACCACGCCCGGCUCGCGCGCGGCGCCGCCGGCGAGACGAUCCAGCUCACGACGAGGGUCGAGCUCGGCUCGUUCGUGGGCACGCUCCAGCCGUCGGUCGGCGGCGUGGAGGAGGGCGAGUCAGAGUGGGUCUUCCUUUUCUCAUCAGAGUCCGUCGCUCUCACUCCGUUGACCUCGACCUUCAUAUCUACCCCGCGCUCUCGCCCCUUCUACGACGAUCCUGAGCCGACCGUACCCCACACCUCUACGCCGCCUACGCACACGGCCUAUAACCGCAGCCCCUAA